GUGGUCUCUGUUUUCCCGAGCAAGAAGUUGCAACUCCAGACCACGAGAUCGUGGGAUUUCUUAGGCCUACCUCAACCCACGAUGAUUAAGAAUCCUGCGGGCGUUGCUAGUGAUGUUGUGGUUGGAAUUAUAGAUAGUGGAAUAUGGCCGGAACUGCCUAGUUUUGAUGACGAUGGUUUUGGUCCUCCGCCGGCGAAGUGGAAGGGUGUUUGCAAAGGCGGAACCAAUUUCACUUGUAACAAUAAGAUAAUCGGAGCUCGGUACUACUAUUCCCAAUCGGCAAGAGACGACCAAGGUCACGGCACCCACACGGCUUCGACGGCAGUAGGAAACGUGGUAAAGGACGCCAGCUUCUAUGGGCUGGCAAGUGGCGUCGCCAGAGGUGGACUUCCCUCUGCUCGAAUCGCCGUCUACCAGGCGUGUGGCGGCUUCGGCUGUUCGUCGGCGGACAUUCUGGCCGCCUUCGACGAUGCAAUAGCCGACGGAGUCGACGUUAUAUCUGUAUCGAUUGCGACACUCGAGGCCGUUGAUAUAGACACCGACACCGUCGCAAUUGGCGGUUUUCACGCGGCGCGUCGAGGAAUCCUCACUGUACAUUCCGCCGGGAAUAGUGGCCCCCGAUCUGCCACCACUUGUAGUGUAGCUCCGUGGUUGCUCUCUGUCGCCGCCAGCACCAUCGACCGGAAAUUCGAGUCCAAAGUUGUUCUGGGCAACGGGAAGAUAGUCACGGGAAUUUCAGUGAAUGCGUUCGCGGAUAAUGGGCCGGAGUCGCCGUUGGUACAUAGAGAUCAAUCACUUGGCUGCGUAGGAGCAUUGUAGUGAAGAACAAAAUUGUGAUAUGUGAUUCCAUCGACGGCAAGCUGAUGGCUUUUGAAGCUGGCGCCAAGGGAGUUAUCUACCCUUACAACACUUCCGAAGCUGCCUCUGUUGUCCCCUUUCCUGCCGCCGGUGUGGAUUUCCAAACCCUUGACGCCGUAAUCUCAUAUCAGAACUCUACCAAGUAUGUCCAUACUAGCUAGUUCUGCUUCAUUAUGAUGCCACUUUUGGAUUAAGCAAACUUAUAUAUGCUUGUUUUUCCGUAGAAAUCCAGUGGCGAAGCUACAAAAAAGUGACACUGUGAGAGAUCCCGGAGCACCAUUGGUGGCUUCCUUCUCCUCCAGAGGUCCAAACUCGAUCAUCUCUGGCAUUCUCAAGCCGGAUGUGAGUGCUCCUGGGGUGGAUAUCUUGGCUGGGUUUUCUCCGGUAGCAUCAUUAACUGAUGACGCCGAUGAUAAAAGACAAUACAGUUUCAAUGUGUUAUCUGGAACUUCUAUGUCCUGCCCACAUGUCACCGGCGUAGUUGCUUACCUCAAGACCCUGCACCCCGAUUGGUCUCCUUCCGCCCUCAAAUCCGCCAUCCUCACCACCGCGACACCAAUGCAUCCGGGGAAUGUUCAAGAUCCAAGCAUUACAUACGCAUCUACGGAAUUCGCUUAUGGAUCGGGGCAGCUAAAUCCCGUGAAGGCCACAAAUCCAGGACUUGUCUAUGAAACAUCAGCACAGGACGACGUCAACUUGCUCUGCAACUUGGGCUACACUAGCGACAGGCUCAGAACCGUCACUGGCGACAAAAACAGCAGUUGCAUAGCUCGAGCUGACCCGACUGCUAUAAAGGACUUCAACUACCCUUCCAUAACCACUGAUGUUUCGGGUACGAGGGCUUCUUUCAAAAUUUCAUUUCUUAGAACGGUGACAAACGUCGGAACAGCGAAGUCGACGUACACAUCCCAAGUUGUGCCGACCAUGGGAAGACUGAAGAUUGAAGUGACGCCACCGGUUCUUUCUUUUGGGUCUCUAAACGAGAAGAAAUCUUUCACCGUCACUGUAUCUGGCGGUAAUUUUCCGGCCAAAGGUGGUUUCUUGGCCUCUGCUGCACUGAAUUGGAGCGAUGGAGCUCACAGUGUUAGAAGCCCAAUUGUUAUCUAUACAAAGGAAUAGCCUUUUGAUUUCACUCUAAUUGCUUGUUCAUUGAUAAAUAAAGGUCGGGCCAUUUAUAUUUGGAUGUCUUACCAUAAUGUUAUUUUUUUGGUCUUUUUUUUCAUAAAUAAGCUGGAACAAAUAAAGUCUUUAUAGGAUAAAGUCACAGAACUUACAAAA